AUGAGGCCACUGAGAGUCAUGAAGGUGUUCGUCACGCGCAGGAUUCCCCCCGAGGGCAGCGCCGCGCUCGCCCGGGCCGCAGACUGUGAGGUGGAGCAGUGGGAUUCUGAUGAGCCCAUCCCCAGAGAGGACCUGGAACAGGGAAUGGCCGGGGCCCAUGGCCUGCUCUGCCUCCUCUCGGACCGCAUAGACAAGAAGCUCCUGGACGCUGCAGGAGCUAAUCUCAAAGUCAUUAGCACAAUGUCUGUGGGUGUCGACCACUUGGCUUUGGAUGAAAUCAAGAAGCGUGGGAUCCGUGUGGGCUAUACUCCGGGUGUCCUGACCGACGCCACGGCCGAGCUCGCCGUCUCCCUGCUGCUUACCACUUGUCGCCGGCUGCCGGAGGCCAUCGAGGAGGUGAAGAACGGCGGCUGGACCUCAUGGAAACCCCUGUGGAUGUGUGGCCACGGCCUCUCACAGAGCACCGUCGGCAUCGUUGGCCUGGGGCGCAUAGGUCAGGCCAUAGCUCGGCGUCUGAAGCCAUUCGGUGUCCAGAGAUUUCUCUACACAGGGCGCCAGCCCAGGCCUCAGGAAGCAGCGGAAUUCCAGGCAGAGUUUGUGUCCACCCCCGAGCUGGCCGCCGAGUCCGAUUUCAUCGUCGUGGCCUGCUCCUUAACGCUGGCGACCAGGGGGCUCUGCAACAGGGACUUCUUCCAGUGGAUGAAGAAAACAGCCGUGUUUAUCAACAUCAGCAGGGGAGAAGUGGUAGACCAGGACGACCUCUACCAGGCCCUGGCCAGCGGCCAGAUCGCAGCUGCCGGACUGGAUGUGACGACCCCGGAACCACUGCCUACUAACCACCCUCUCCUGACCCUGAAGAACUGUGUGAUCCUGCCGCACAUUGGCAGUGCCACCUACAGAACCCGAAACAUCAUGUCUGUGUUGGCGGCUGACAACCUGCUGGCUGGCCUGCGAGGGGAGCCGAUGCCCAAUGAGCUCAAGCUGUAG